UCAGACAGGAAGUUUGAAUGUUGCUGCUAACGAAAGACGAGCAGGCUGCGAAGUGCGUACCGCAACAUUACAUUACUCUGUACAUCACACAAUUUCUCCCUGGUUAGGGAGGGCAGUGAUACCAUGUGGAAGUCACAUGAACGACAAGGAUGAGGCAUAAACAACAAGGGGGCAGACUGACGAGAGAGCCGCUGCACAGUGUCUACCAUAGGGAGGGGGUUUGCUGCUUGUAAAGGCCCUGCACAAGGACCCCCCUGUGUUCCCCUCUCCUGAACAUAUGCAAUGAACACCACUACUCAGCCCCCUGCCAUCAUAGAUGGGGAUGUGGCAGUCGGCUAUGUGUUGGUGCCAUUUCUCCUCAUCACUAUCAUUGGGAUAGUUGCAGCUGUGAUCAUGUAUAUUCGCAAGAAAAGGAGAAUUGACAGACUCCGUCAUCAGCUGUUACCGGUUUACACGUACGAUCCUUCAGAGGAACUUAAUGAAGCUGAACAAGAAAUGCUGUGGAGAGAAGAGGACACAAGGGUUGUACAAGGUUGGGCCAGGAGUUAUCAACAGCGGCGCCCUCUUCUGGCCAAAGAUGCAUGAUGGUUGUAAACCCUGGCAUAGAACAUUUUUAAUGUCGGACUAACCUACAGCCACAGAGAUCUGUCAUUUUUGGAAGUCAUGCAGAAGAAUUUCCCUUUCUUUUUUUUCUUCUUCGCUGGCGUAUGCCUUUAUCUUUGAGCACAUCAGCAAAAGUCAGCGUUUUUGUUUUUCGAGUUUUAUGUACAGUGACAGUUCUUGGUGUGAUUCUGAUGCCAAUCCUGUGUGCCUAACAGACACCAUAACUUAUUUAUAUGAAAUUAUUUAUUCAAACUUUUUACUUUGGUAUUUAGUGACAUGACUCAACAUUAGGAAAGGUGAAAUCUAAAGAGACAGGUUCCUAUGUUGUUUACACACACACAAUGUUGUUGUGGGCGACAUGUGGCAAACAGUUUUGUUCCUGUGGGUUACAGUAAGCAUUUUAAUCUGACUAUAAUUUAGGGGCAGCCUUUGCACUGUGGUAAGAGUAUGAAGUUCUGCACUAGUUAAAAAUCACUCCUGCUGCGAGAGGGUUUGGCCUCAUUGCCCAGUAGGUUGUUUACAGUGCAUUAAAAACAACUGUGGCUUCUUUGAUGAAAUGCUUUACUUUUCAACAUAUAUCACAUUUGUUGACAUGAAACACUGCAAUAUCACUUGAGUUUUAGUAAGUUAUACAUUUAAAGAGUUUUAAAUGUAUAGUUUAAUAUUGACAAAGAUAGAUAGCUGUUUGAUCUGGUACAUUUUAUUUCAGUUUCAUUUUGAGUCAAAAGGUUGUUUUGAUUUUGAUUUUUUUCUCAGAAUCUAACUAGCUGCCCCAAAAUCUGGAUCUUUUUGGUGGUUUAGCCAAAUCCUAUGACUCUUAUCAAUGGUAUGAAAAGCCAGAUAAGGAAGUAAAUAAAGCCAACCUCCAUUCAUCCCCAAAAUGAGUUGUGACUAGUGCCCUAAAUAUGUCCUGUCUCCAAGGCAUGGCACCAGCAUGAAUUUACCUCCAGAUGAAGUCUGUUCAGAUGAAUGCCAUAGGUCUGACUGUAUCAAGCUCUCAGGAAACCUCACUCUUACAUUUCCUGUUCUUUAUUUGCCUUACAUUUGGGAAUGUAAACUAAAUACAAUGGGACUGUUAAGCUUUUUUGAGGGGGACUAUGCAUUGUAGUAGUAGACAGAAUGCCUAACCUUGAUGUUAUCAGGUAUGACAUCUACAGGGACUCCACAAUAAGAAUGAGCUUUUACAUGUUUUCAUUUUAUGGACCUGAAAAAAACAUUUUUACCCCAUUAGGACAUUACUAUGCAUUAUAUAGAGAUCUUUUUUCCAUUUUCAGUACCAGCCGAAAUACGGUACUCGAUUUAAACUGUACACAUUUCCGCUCAUGACAUUGAUUUGCACUGGUGAAACACCUGGUGUACAUGUCACAGAAGGCUGAUUUAAGGUUGCACUUUAAAACUACUGAUAUAAAUGUGCAUUUGGCAGUGCUGUAACAAGUUUGACUAUUACAGGCUUAUUGCAAGAGAUAAUAGGUUGGUUUAUACUUGUAAAUAAAGUAAUAACUGUCUUGUGCUGUAA